UCCCGCGCGAACCGUCUCGGGCGAAAGUUUGGCUCCUCCUCCUACUUCCGUAAACACGGUAGAAAACACCAUCCACCCCGGGCUUCUCCUUGUCGACGGCAUUUACGUACGAGCAAUUGGAAGGAGAUUUUUGGAUUAGACUUUCCCUGGCGACGUACAUUCCCUCAUUUCUUUCCUCCGCGACGAGAACGAUAGACUUGGCACACGCAAGCUCCUCUUCGCCUCCCCUUUUCCACGCAUGUGCUUGUGACGUGCGGGCGAGCGAAUCCGUCUCCUCGAACCACGGGUCGAAAAUCGCAAUCCGAGCGACGAAUACCCAAAUAAGACAGACGCGACAUUCAACCACCACCCUCAGCGAAUAGUCAAAGAAAAUGUCGGCCCUCCAGUCCUUCAGCAAGUGGCUGCACCUGAAGCAGUACCAAAUCGAGGUCACCUUCAGUGUCUACAUCUUCACGCCCCUGGAAAAGUUCAUCUUUUACACCGUCCUCUUCCUCCUCAGCAGCUUGACCAUUAUUGCGACCGUCCUCUACCUGCCCCAGCACAUCGCCUUCCUCAUGAGCCGCGCCUGGUUCUACAUGCACGGCGACCCGAUCGACGCCGUUGUCGAAGCCGUGGUUGACGCUGUUGAGGUCACGAAGGCCGCUGUCGAGAGCGUGCUGACGGCCGGGUCGACCACGACUGCCGCGGCCCUGGCACAGGAGACUGUCGAGCUCGUCAAGGAGCUGUAGGGUGGCUCUCCUCUCCUCUCCUC